CAAGUACUUCCCGCCAAAUUUGCGUGUUUAUCAUCAACAUUUUUUCUUGUUUUCAUAUUAAAUUUUUAUCGAACCUUUAAUAAAGGUUAAAAGGGAGAUGGACAGUCAAGAUGCAGAUGGAGCAACUGGUCGUUCUCGCCGUGUCAAACAUGACAAGCAUGGAAGACUAGCUGCAUUUGAAAGACUCAAGUCUCUUAAAGGGACAAAGAAUAAAUAUGAAGUUGUUGAAGAGGCUCCUGUUUAUGAGGAAGUUUCUGAGAAAGAAUUUUCUCGCAUUGUUCAACAAAGGCAAGAAGAUGAAUGGAUUGUCGAUGACAAUGGAUUUGGAUAUGCUGAUGAUGGAAGAGAAAUAUUUGAUGAAGAAGUUGGUGAUGAUAUAUAUACAGAAAAAACUAACAAGAAAACAUCCAAAAAAAGCUUUGAAGGACCUCAGAAGAAAAACAAAUCCACUGACAUCAAAAGCAUGUUUAAAGCAUUACCCACUAAGAGAAAAAUUGAACAAGAUGUUAAAUUAGAAGAUGAUGAUAUCUUGGGUAGUAUCAUGGAAGAUUUGCACAAGGAGACUGAUAUAAAUUCAUUCACUCCUAAACCUAUGGUACUUCGAAAAAAACAUAAAUUUAAUCACCAAUCUCCUAUUCAGAGAUCUUCUCCAAAUCCUUUUGAAGUUUCCAGACAAAAGACUCCAUUGGCAUCGAGCUAUGUGCCAAAAAUAGACAUUCCAAAAUCAAACUCUGUUCAUCGAAAACCACUGCAGCCCAAAGUUGUGGAUUUUGAUAAUCAUAUUGAAGAGAUUACCAAAAGUCCUGUUAUUGAAGAUGUAUCACAAGAACUGAUGACAAAAGAAAAGUCUGAAGAGAUUAAUAUAGGGGAGAUAGAUUCAAUAGGGUUAGAUUUUGAUCCUAGUGGUGAUAUUUUUGAAGAAGAAAUGGCUGCUGUUGAGAAACCCCUAUCUCCUGAAAAGGCCCAAGAAAAUAUACCAGUGAUAACUACUUCCUUUCAAGGAUCAUUAAGCAAUGAGAUUGACAGUGCUAUUGCUGAUAUCCAUAUUGAUUAUGAUUCUCUGCCUCUGGUAAAGACAGCAGAUGGGAAAUCUGUAUUUCGAUUCUUUUGGCUUGAUUGUUUUGAAGAUCCUUAUAAACAUCCGGGUGUUGUAUAUUUAUUUGGAAAAGUGUACAUAGAAGACUUAAAGAGGUAUCUCAGCUGCUGUGUUAUAGUUAGAAAUAUUCCACGCCGUGUUUUUAUCCUUCCAAGAGAAACAGAAUAUGAUACUAAAACAAAAACAGAUAUAGGAAGACCAGUAUCUAUGCAAGAUGUUUAUUCAGAAAUCAGUGGAAUAAUGCAAAAAAUGAAGAUAGCUGAAUUCAGAAGCAAGAAAACUACAAAAAAGUAUGCCUUUAGUGUUACUGACAUACCAGAUGUUUGUGAAUAUCUGGAAGUGCAAUAUUCGUCUCAGCAUCCCAUCCUUCCCAGCAAUUUGCGAGGGUCUACUUUCAGUCAUGUUCUGGGAACAGAUUCUUCUAGUCUGGAAAUUCUACUACUAGAGCAAAAAAUCAAAGGACCUUGUUGGAUAGAUGUGCACUGUCCACAACCUUCAUCUCCUCCUGUGAGCUGGUGUAAAGUUGAGGCCUUCACUACUAAAAUGAGCAAUCUUGUCUGUGUGAAUGAGAAUUUACCCAUACCACCAGUGGUACUCAUGUGCCUAAAUCUGACAACAGCUGUGAAUUCUAAAACUCAACAGAAUGAAAUAGUUGCUGUAUCUUGCCUUUUGCAUCAGGGUUUUCCAUUGGAUAAAACUGCUCCAUCACCCCAGUAUCAGUCUCAUUUCUGUGUACUUACUAAACCAAGCAAUGGCAUAUUUCCUUAUGACUUCAAAGAGGUCCUCACCAGAUAUAAAAAUACAAAAGUGGAAAGGGUUGAUUCAGAGCGAAGUUUACUGAUUUAUUUCCUGGCAAAGCUGCAGAAAAUGGAUCCUGAUGUUGUGGUGGGUCAUGACAUCUUGGGAUUUGAUUUGGAUAUUCUUUUACACCGUAUGGUGGUGCUGAAAAUUCCCAACUGGUCACGUGUUGGUCGUUUGAAGAGAACUGGCCAACCAAAGCUGAAUAUUGCUCAAGGAGGCAUAGCUGAAAAAAAUGCUACUUGCGGUCGAUUGCUGUGUGAUAUCAAAAUAUCAACAAAAGAACUCUUACGGUGCAAAAGUUAUGAUUUAGAAGAGCUUUCUAAUCAAAUUUUGAGUCAAAAAUAUUCUGAAAUAACUUCAGAGUUGGUUCACACUCUAUUUAUAUCUUCCAGAGAUUUAAUUAAACUUUUGGAUCAUGGAAUGAUACGAAGUGAAUUGAUUUUACGUAUUUGUUGCGAGUUGAAUGUACUUCCUCUGGCUUUGCAGAUAACUAAUAUUGCUGGAUGCAUAAUGUCACAUACUUUACUUGGUGGAAGAUCUGAACGUAAUGAAUAUCUUUUGUUGCAUGCAUUUCAUGCAAAGAAUUUCAUUUAUCCUCCCAAAUAUCAAGGAAAAAAGAAUCAGGUAUCCUCUGAAGAUGGAGAACAGUCAGAAUUAAGCAAUAAAAAAGGACGAAAGAAACCAGCCUAUGAGGGAGGUCUAGUUUUAGAACCUAAAAAAGGUUUUUAUGAUAAAUUUAUUCUUCUGAUGGAUUUUAAUAGUUUGUAUCCAUCUAUUAUACAAGAGUAUAACAUUUGUUUCACAACUAUUCCAAGAGUGCCAGUUUCACAGGAUGAGGAGGAGAUAGAAGUGAGUUUGCCCGAUUCCACAUUGGAACCUGGUGUUCUUCCGACUGAAAUCCGUAAAUUGGUGGAGAGCCGUAGACAAGUAAAGCAGAUGAUGAAGGGAAGUGAUAUCACCAAAGAUCGAUAUGCUCAGUAUGAUAUUCGUCAAAGAGCUCUGAAGCUAACAGCCAACAGUAUGUAUGGGUGCCUGGGAUUCACACAUUCCAGGUUUUAUGCCAAACCUCUGGCAGCUCUCAUCACUCGCAAAGGACGAGAGAUUUUGUUGAAAACUAAAGAAUUAGUGGAAAAGAUGGGUCUUGAUGUUAUUUAUGGUGAUACAGAUUCUAUCAUGAUCAACACAAAUCAAACAGAAUUGGAAGAUGUUAUGCAGUUAGGAAAUAAGGUAAAGGCAGAAAUCAAUAAACUGUACAGACUUUUAGAAAUUGACAUUGAUGGUGUCUAUAAACCCAUGCUGCUUUUGAAAAAAAAGAAAUAUGCUGCUCUUUCAAUAACCACUCUGCCUAAUGGUCAAGUUUUGACCAAAGAGGAAAUCAAAGGUUUGGACAUUGUACGAAGAGAUUGGUCUCAGCUGGCUAAAGAUGCUGGCCAAUACAUUAUUCAAGAGAUUCUGUCCAACAAAUCUAAAGAUGAGAUUGUAGAUAAUAUUCAUUCUCAUCUCAUCACCCUAGGAGAAGAUGUCACUCAAGGAAAGAAACCUCUUACUGAUUACAUCAUUUAUAAGCAACUAACCAAAAAUCCUGAAGACUACUCUAAUGCAAAAAAUCUUCCUCAUGUACUGGUUGCAUUGAGAAUAAAUGCUAAAGGUGCGAAAAAGUUGAAAAUGGGAGAUACUGUAGCUUAUAUCAUCUGUUUGGAUGGGUCUGAGCUUCCAGCCACACAAAGGGCCUAUCACCCAGAUGAACUGAAAACUAACGAAGCACUUAAAAUUGAUGUUCUUUAUUACUUGACACAACAGAUUCAUCCUGUCGUCUCUCGUCUAUGUGCACCAAUUGAAGGUGCUGAUGCUGCUAUGAUUGCCAAAUUAUUAGGUCUAGAUGCUUCCAAGUACCAGUCAGUUAUUAGGAAUGUAGAAGAUGAGGAAGACAAACUUAUGAAUCCGUCUUCCCUUUUUGAUGAUGAAGAGCGAUUCAAAAAUUGUGAUAAGUUGGUUCUGAAAUGUCCUGCAGCACAGUGUUCCCAAGAAAUUGUGAUUGAUAGCUCUUUUAAAAAAGAACCCAAAUCUGUUGAAUGCCAACUGCACUCCUGUCCCAAAUGCAAGGUUUUCCUGCUGCCUUUUGCUGCCAACCUCAGAAAUCAACUAGAGAAGAUUAUGAGGAAUUAUAUCUCUAAAUACUACAAACAUACUCUUGUAUGUGAUGAUGUAGGUUGUGCAUACCAAACUAGGAAGAUGCCACUUAUUUUUACAAGUGGAGGUCCUGUUUGCCCUGCAUGUAGAAAUUCCAAUUUACACUUAGAGUAUUCAGAAGCUGAACUUUACACUCAGCUUGCUUAUUUCCAAAGUUUGUUUGACUACAACAAAGCUGUAAAUAAUCUUUCUAGUGAAGAGAAAAAUUAUCUGAGAACAGGGAAAGAAGAGAAAGAAUUUUAUGAUAAAAUGAAGAUUUCUGCUGACAAAAUACUGCACAAAAGUGGCUAUGGAAUUGUGAAUCUGAGCUCAUUAUUUGAGGGACUCUUUCAGCAAGAUUUUAGCUCUUUGUGAACUGCACUCAGUUUGAAAGGAGACACUCAAAGAACUUCACUUACUCAAGCUUAAUAUAAAAACUUCAAUAUUUCUUUGCCAAAUGCUUAAAAUUAAUGUCUGCUUUUAUUAUUAUUUGGUAUCCUGUUUAAAAUUGUGUUUUAGGUGAAUUUGGGUAUGCAUGCCAAAUAAUAAUACCUGCAAGACUGAAAAACAUCACACAGAUUUGACUGUUAAAGUUUAACUAAAUAUCGUAUUUUUGAUGAAGACUGUAUUUCUAAUGAUGUUACAAAGAUGUCCUUCUUGAUGAAAGUAUGGGAUUACAUGUUUUUCAAAGGCCUUUUAAUUGAAAAUGUGCAAAAUUUUUAAAUCAUAGCAAUUGAUGAAAUUCAAUGCAGUGCCUGUUUAAUUAAAUUAUUUUAAUUUACUGUGAAUUAAGUUAUUAACAUUUAAUUCAUUAAUUACUUAUGAAUUAUUUGAUGUAAAGUCAGCUUCCCUGGAUUUGAGCAUAAGAAUUAUUACCAUUUUUUAAUUGGUAUUUGUCCAUGGGCAAUUUUAAAUUGUGAUGCCAUCUUGUCUAUAAACUAUUGUUCUAAAUUUUCUAUGUAGAAAUGCAUUGCACUAAUGUAUUUUAUAAAUUUGUUGAUUUAAUUUGAUGCCUAUAAUCAUUUUUUAAAUUGUAUUUUGUUUUAAAUAUUAUCUUGGAAUUCUUAUGUUUUAAAUUUAUUAUCAUCCAAAAAUUGAAUGGUUUCAAUGAUGAAUGAUUUGCCAGAGUUGAGAUAGUGAUCAUAUUUGUAAAAUCAUGCUUGAAAAUAAUUUUUUUAUAUAAAACUAACAGCUAUAUUUUAAAAAUUUAUUCUACUCUUAAUAGAUAAAAUAAAAUAAGUUAUUGAAAAUUUUAUUGU